CUUUGGCCCCCACCAUCCCGGCUGUUUGUGGGUGGUGCAUUUAACACAGAGGCUCGCAAAGACUCAGAGAGCCUCUCCUUCACCUAAUCAGUAGCAUGAACCGGGAAUCAAAUCAAAACAUCACUGCAUGUUAGCCAAAAAUCUCUAAGCUUGAACGUGGACUUCCGUAAUUUUGUCAGAAUGUUUUGGAUUUAACGGGCUUUUCUUUCUUUCUUUCUUCCUUUCUUUCUUUCUUUUUUUUUUUUUUUAAAGUCUGCACAGCUGAAUCUUCAACAACGUGUCUGUAAGCAGCUGGAACUAUGUUUCCAAAGAUUUUCUAUAUAUGUGUGAAAUUAUUCAGCGCUAUGCACAUCGCGUCAUCUGCAGACCUGCAGCUUGGCAUGCCAAAUGUUUGCGCCAACCAGGAGGUGUCCAUGUUGGGGGUCCGCCAGCCCUGUGUUCAGGUUUUUACCCGCAUGAUGCAGGUGUGGAAGCAGGGCUGCACAGGCCGCAGAUGGUGUGUGGGAUUUGAGAGAAGGACUGCGUACUACACAGCAUACAGGCAAGCGUACAGCAUGGAUUUUCACACAGUCUAUAAAUGUUGUCCCGGUUGGGCUCAGAAAGAUAACGAGAUGGGCUGUCUACAUAGGGUGUGCAGUGCUAAUGCCUGUCUUAAUGGUGGGAGAUGUGCAGAGACUGGGGAGCGUAUUUGUCACUGUCCAUUAGGCUUCAAAGGUCCCCGGUGCCAGUAUGACGUUAAUGAAUGUGAAGUGGAUGAAGGCGGCUGUGAGGGUUACUGCUGCAACACCAUUGGGAGCUACUACUGCAAAUGUCCUGAAGGCAGCAAAGUGGGGCCAGACGGCAAGGCUUGUAAUGAUAUAAAUGAGUGUGAUGAGCUCAAUGGAGGAUGCCAACAAACUUGUGUCAACACGGCAGGCUCUUAUCAUUGCGAGUGCAGCGAGGGAUUCCGUAUGCAUUCUGAUGGUCGAACCUGCAUUGUUGUAAAUUCUUGCUCCAUUUUGAAUGGAGGUUGUGAGCACAAGUGUGUGGAUGUGGGAAACAAGGAGUACAAAUGUGAGUGCAGAAGGAACUACCAGCUGAAACAAGAUGGGAGACACUGUGAAUUGAGGGACCCCUGUAAGGAGAGGAAUGGAGGCUGUGCACAGUUCUGCAACUCCGAAGGCGGUAUAGCAAAUUGCAGCUGCCGUUCUGGUUUUAUGUUGUCUGGAGACCAAAAACACUGUGAAGACAUUGAUGAGUGCAGCUCUGGUCAUGCAAAGUGUUCCCAUGGUUGUAUCAACAUGCUGGGCUCCUUCAGAUGUGUGUGUCAUCCUGGUUUUGAACUCGGUGCCGAAGGCAAGCAGUGCUACCGCAUUGAGAUGGAAAUUGUAAAUAGUUGUGAGAAGAACAAUGGGGGAUGCUCUCAUCAUUGUGAGCAUGCCACUAAUGGCCCCCUAUGCUCCUGUAACCAAGGCUACCAGUUGGACACAGACAGGAGGACCUGUGUAGAUAGUGAUGAGUGUUUGAGUGUGGAGUCCUGCUGCAGCCACCUCUGUAGAAACUACCCCGGCGGCUAUGAGUGCAGCUGCAGAGCCGGCCACAGACUGAGGCCAGAUGGCUGCGGCUGCGAAGAUAUUAAUGAGUGCCUAGCAGAGACCUCGGGAUGUGAACACUACUGCGUCAACACCUUGGGAACCUAUCAGUGCUUUUGCCAAAUGGGCUUCCGCUUGGAUCUGGAUCAGCACUCUUGCAUCUCUCUGUAUGGCGGUGAGCUGGAUGAGGAAGAGGCGGAAGGGCUGGAGGCUGACAGACUGCCUGACCUGCUGUUUCGAAAGGCUCCUCAGCUCUUGCAUUACACGGCAGCCCUGCACGUUCGCCACAACACUGAUGAUGAUGAUGAUAAUGAUGAUGAUGAUGAUGAUGGUCGUCAUGUUAGUGACAGUGACGAAGAAUUAGAGAUCCACAGAGAGCACAGGGGAGAGCUGAGACUGGAAAGCACCAUAGUGUGCCUAGAGGGCUCCUUUGGGGAUGACUGUAGUGUGAGCUGUGACGACUGUGUGAAUGGAGCAUGUAGUGAAAACAAGGACCAAUGUGAUUGCUCGCCUGGCUGGACAGGAAUCAUCUGCAAUGAGACUUGUCAUCAGGGGAGCUACGGGAAGUCCUGUAACAGCAUGUGCCACUGUCUGAAUGGAGGCUCAUGUGACCCCGUGACUGGGAAGUGCCUCUGCCCUCUCGGGGUAAAUGGCCAGUUCUGCGAGGAAGGUUGCCUGAGGGGCUAUUUUGGAAAGAACUGCAGACGAAAGUGCAAGUGCCCCAACAAUGGACCCUGCCAUCGACUUUAUGGAGCCUGCCUCUGCUCUCUGGGAUUAUAUGGUCGUUUCUGCCACCUAGCUUGUCCCAAGUGGACCCACGGAGCAGGCUGUUCCAAGGAAUGCAAAUGUGUCCAAGAGCAAUCCAGCGGCUGUGACCCAAAAACAGGAAGCUGUUUCUGUAAGCCUGCAUAUCACAGUCUGCUAUGUGAGAAAGAAUGUGAUCCAGGCUUCUUUGGUGCCGGCUGUGAACAGUCAUGUGAUUGUCCAGGUGGAGGGUCAUGUGACCCUAAGACCGGAGUGUGCAGCCAAAGAUGUCCUGCUGGGCUUCAGGGGGACCAGUGUCAACUGGCCUGCCAAACAGGAAACUAUGGCGAAAACUGCCGUCUGACCUGUGACUGCGGAGGAGCUCCCUGUGAUCCUGUAACUGGAGAGUGCGACUGUCCUGCUGGGAAGAGAGGAAGUUCUUGCCAGGAAGACUGCCCUGAUGGUUUCUGGGGACUGAAGUGCCAGUAUUCUUGCCCUGUCUGUGAGAAUAGUGGCUUCUGUAAUAAGCAAACUGGUAUCUGCAACUGCAAGCCAGGCUCCAUGGGAAAUCUCUGUCAAGAAGCAUGUCCUGCAGGCUACUUUGGACCUGGCUGUUUAGUUCGUUGUUCUUGCCACCCUAAUGCCAGCUGUGACUCAAGGAAUGGAUUUUGCAUCUGCCCUCCUGGCAAAACUGGCCACAAUUGUGAGACAAGAUGUGAACCUGGUUUUUGGGGCCAAGGCUGCAUUGGAAGGUGUCAGUGUCAGGAUCACUCUGUGAGCUGUGACCCGGUCAGAGGUCGUUGUGUGUGUGAAGCAGGCUACACCGGAGACUACUGUGAAGAGAAGUGCGUCAAUGGUCAUUAUGGACAUGGAUGUGCUCAGAAGUGUCUGUGUAAGAAUGAAGCCCUCUGCGACCAUGUGAGUGGAGCCUGCUUCUGCUCACCUGGAUUCACUGGGUAUCUCUGUGAAAAAACGUGCCCGGACGGCUUUUACGGGCUUGACUGUGGCCAGAUGUGCGAGUGCAGGAACGGUGCCCGCUGCCACCACAUCACAGGAGCCUGCCUGUGCACCGCCGGCUGGGCAGGACCACACUGCAUUCUGGAAUGCCAAAAAGGUAGAUUUGGAGAGAACUGCGGUCAGACCUGUAAGUGUCAGAACGAGGGCAGUUGUGACCACAUCACUGGGCGAUGCAGCUGCACAGAUGGUUGGACUGGAGCCCACUGCCAACUGCCUUGUCCACCAGGACAUUAUGGGGAACAAUGUUCUAACAAGUGUCUGUGUCAAAAUGGAGGCUUCUGUCACAGCGUGACUGGCCAGUGCUCCUGUCCACCUGGACACACAGGAGCUGCCUGUGAGUUAGAGUGUGACGAAGGAAACUAUGGCGAGAACUGCACACAAACAUGUGGAUGUCUAAACGGAGGCAGAUGUGACAAGGUGACUGGAAAAUGUCUGUGUCUGCCUGGUUGGACUGGAGAAAACUGCCAAUCAGCCUGCUCUGUUGGCACGUUCGGACAAAACUGCAGCCAGCCGUGCCGAUGCUCCGGGCUCCAUGAGCAGUGUGAUCCCGCGACAGGGAAAUGCAGCUGCUCAUCCGGCUACUAUGGGCCACGCUGUGAGCUUCGGUGUCGAGCCGGUUCAUUUGGGCCAAACUGCAAGUCCAAGUGCACCUGCAUCAAUGGCGGUCGCUGUGACUUUAGGACUGGGACAUGCUACUGUCAUCCGGGCUACAUUGGAGCUGACUGCAGUUCCCGUUGUCCAGGUGGAUACUACGGGAAGGAUUGUGCAAAGCUGUGCUCCUGUGCUGAAGGAACGCAGUGCCAUCCAGUAACUGGAAGGUGCAUAUGUGGCCCCGGAAGGACAGGGGCAUCAUGCCAACAGGCUUGUUCAAAAGGACGCUAUGGUCUGCAGUGCAGGUACGCCUGUAGCUGUCAGAAUGGAGCAGUAUGUGAUCCUGUUGACGGGUCCUGUAAGUGUGGACUGGGCUGGACUGGACCCCAAUGUGAGACAGCCUGUCCUGCAGGAAAAUAUGGGCCAGAUUGUGCACAAUACUGCCAAUGUCUUAACAAUGGAAUUUGCAGCCGUUUUACUGGCAGCUGCAGCUGUACUGCUGGGUACUACGGCGACUACUGUCAACAUGAGUGUCCUUCUGGAUUUUAUGGAUUGAAUUGUCAGUUCACAUGUCACUGUAACAUGGGCCAAGCAUGUGAUCAUGUGACAGGCAAAUGUUUGUGCCCACCAGGUUAUUAUGGCUCACAAUGUGAAAGACAAUGUGAAAAUGGCAGCUUUGGAUUGAACUGUAUGAAGUCCUGUAAAUGUGCUGACGAGGCGUCAUGUGACCCAUCCACUGGUAGAUGUUUCUGUCCCUCAGGCCAGUGGGGAGAGAGAUGUGAAAAAAGCUGUGAUGGAGACCACUUUGGCCCCAACUGCUCCCUGUUGUGCCAGUGUUUCCAUGGUUCCCACUGUGACCGGGUAAACGGCAGAUGUCUCUGUCCGCUCACCUGGCUUGGAUCGACUUGUAGCAAAGCACGGCUGCACCAAACCUCAGGAGUGCUGAAUAUGUCUGUGUCUCACAGAAAUAGAAGAACAGGCAGCAAAACCACAUAACCCAAACAGAGGUGAAAAUUCCUGACUGGACACUCAAAGUCGGGACUUGGCUCUGCGUAGCUUUGCUCUGAUCAUCUUUGAGAAGCUUAUAUUGGAUCUAUGGAGCUAGUACUCAGUUGUCAGAGGCUGGCACUCCUUCACUGAGUCUGAGACAAUCAACCACAGGUACCAGCAUGUGAAAUGUCUUUGGAGGACCAUAAACUCAGGUCUGAUUCAAGCUGGUUUUACAAGCCCAACACACACAAAUACCUGCAGAACAGUUUAUACUUAAAUUGAAUGAAAUUGGAUCCCUUUGACAUAUAUUGAGUCAGUAAUGAUCCAUUUCACAAUAAAACAAUGAACUCAGCAAUUGUUCAAUUGCAUUCUUGCAUUUCAAACAAACUUUUAGCGUGUAGAAACAACGUUAUACUAUACUUUUGAUUAAAACCAUUAAAAUAAGAGCAAUUUCAUGACCUUUUUCAUAAGUAAAUGUACAGGUACCGGAGAACUCAAGCAAUAGAAAAAUAUUGUCGAUUACCAAAGGAACAAGAAAAGUAUUCUUCCUUUUGGAAACUCCAGUCCUCGUGGGCCAGUGUCUAGCAAAUUUUAAACGUCUCUCUUCUUCAGCACAGCUGGCUCCAAUAUUAGCUCAUUAGCAGAGCUUUGUAGAGGUUAACUGCAUGCUAGUGAGGCAGUUUCAACAUUUCAUUCAAGUGUCUAGGACAAGUGACACAUCUAAACGUUGCAGAACUCGUUUAGAUGUGUCACUGCAGUUUGAGACCACUGGUUUAUACACUUUGGAUUUCUUUGCGAUUGUAUGUGAUUGUUCAACACAAAGCAACAGUAAAAGAAAAAUGUGAAUGGCUUUCAAAAAAAUUUCAAAAAUCUAAAGUGUGUGGCAUGCAUUUUUAUUAAGCCCUCUUUAAUCUGGCACCCUUUAAUAAAAUCCAGUGCAUCCAAUGAUUCAGACAAAGCUAAAUCAGAAGAGCCCACUUAUGUUUAACUUAAUCUCAGUAUUACUACGGCUGUUCUGUGAAGGCCUCAGGAGUUUGCGAAACAAAAAAAAAAACCACACACACACUAGUGACGGAGUUGAAUCAUGAAGAUCAAGAAGCACAAGCCAUAAGACAAGCCAGUCAAAUUUGUCAUAAAUGCAGAAGUCUGCAUGGAUUUCAUGACACCAUGCUCAUGGUGAAACAUGGUGGUGAGAAAGUUAAAGUCCAUCUUGGUACGAGCAAGUAUUUACUCAGUCAACCUGUAAAAAGGUUUUUUCUCCCUUACAAUUGUCCUAUUUCUCAUAAGAUAAAACGUGUUUCCAGCUCCAUGUCUUUGAAGUCAGUGUACAUGACGUGGACGGCCAAAGAAUGUUUUGCAUAUUCAUAUUAUUUAAAUAAAACCUUGUCUCUGCGUAAUUUUUUCCUAUGUCACAUAUUACAUGAGAAAAAAUAUUUUAGAUUAGUCAUUUUAUUGAAACAAUUUAGUUCCCCUAACCCAGGCUUUCAUAGUGUCAUCUUUACAGUUUAUUUACUCAAAAACUCUACAAAACAUUGGAAAUAUAUUUUAUUUAAGCUUCUUUAUCAAUUAUUUUGUUCUCUUUUUCCUUAUAAUUAAAACUCAAAUUGCAUCUGUCAGUGGCCAAUCCGGGUCAUUUCAGCUGUGCUUUAUUGCAUAAAGAUUGUGAAAUGUGUUUUGUUAAUAUUUUCUUCUGUGUUCUUUUGGGGUUUUGUUUCUUGCAAACAUUGGAACUGUGCAUCUUCUAGUAUAGUAUUUUGUAUCAAUUUCAAUGAAUAUUGAGUACAACAACA